UAGUCAGAAAGUCGGGGAGGGGCCGGGUGACCUCACGCGGGUCAGGACUCCGCGUCCUUAAAAUCCCGUCCCUUUGCCGCUGCAGCGGUGCUGCCUCCCAAAUUGCGAGGCGUUUACGCAGCUGUUAAAGCGAGCUCCAGCCUGAAACUGAGGGUCCACAGCAGGAAAGAAGAUGCGGGCGCCUAUUCCUGAGCCCAACCCUGGAGACCUGAUUGAGAUUUUCCGCCCCCUCUACAGACACUGGGCCAUCUACGUCGGCGAUGGGUUCGUGGUGCACCUGGCCCCUCCGAGUGAGAUCGCCGGAGCGGGGGCGGCCAGCCUCAUGUCCGCCCUGGCUGACAAGGCCAUAGUGAAGAAGGAGCUGCUUUAUGACGUGGCCGGGAGAGACAAGUACCACGUCCACAACAAACAUGACGACAAGUACGCGCCGCUGCCUCCCAACAAAAUCGUGCAGCGGGCGGAGGCGCUGGUGGGGCAGGAGGUGCUGUACAAGCUGACCAGCGACAACUGUGAGCACUUCGUGAACGAGCUGCGCUACGGGGUCUCCCGCAGCGACCAGGUCAGAGAUGCCGUCAUGGCGGUUGGCAUCGCAGGAGUGGGCAUGGCAGCCUUGGGCCUCAUCGGAGUCAUGUUAUCAAGAAACAAGCAACAGAAGCAAUGAGUCGAGGGGACUGUCCUGCCAGCAGUGACUCCACACGUCAGGGGUCUUGUUUGGCUAGAGGUCCUGAGGCGUGGCUUAUGGAUUUCACUCUGUUUUUAUAAUAAGGCUUAUUUUCACAGAAUUAAAUAAAGCCCAAUAAAAGGAGGUUUUUAUUGGGGAAAAUGUA